AUGAAUAGGGGGAGAUCCUUCAGGAAAGCUUUUGAACACCUGAAAGAGCUUCCAGGAUUUUUUCCAGGAGUACCCAGAUUGGGACUUAGUGCCACUGUCACGAAACAAGAAGAGAAGGCGGUUACUAGUUCUUUAGGGAUAAAAAAUCCAAAAGUUAUUAAGGAAAGUCCUGAUAGGGAAAACAUUUUACUGGAAAUCAAACUUAAAGAGGCAUCCCUAGAUAUUUAUGAGUCCUAUGAAAAUAUAUAUAGGCCACUUUGUGACAGUUUGUUUGAAAAUAGGGAAACUUUUCCAGUUACUUUGUUAUUUAUGCCAUUACAGUAUAUAGGCAAUGCAGCUGCCUACUGCAAACAUAUAUUCAAGAAACCUACCCUUGAAACAUCUGUAUACGGUGUUCUCUGCAGUGGUCAGGAUGACAGUGUAAAAAAUUAUAUAAUUAAAGAGUUGGCUUGUGUAAACCCAAGGAUAAAACUUGUGUUUUGCACCUCAGUUGUGGGUAUGGGGUUUAAUUCUCAAUCAAUUAUGAGAGUCAUCCAUGCACGUCCACCAAGAUCACUGUCAGAUUAUGUCCAAGAGAUUGGGCGUGCUGGUCGUUCAGGGAAUGCAGCCAAUGCUGUUCUUUAUUACAGCAAUAGGGAUAUUGCUGCUAAUGUAGUUGAUAUCAAGCCUGAUAUUAUUGGUUUUUGUAGGGAAAAGGGUUGCAUUCGAGAAUACCUACUACAGCAGUAUGGCUUUGAAAAAACAGAUGUAAAGGGUCAUAUCUGCUGUAACAACUGUAAACCAAUAUGUUCCUGUAUUGAAUGUGAGAUGUUGAGAAUGGAAUUGUAA